AUGUCCUACUCAGGCAGACGCUCCUCCUCCUCCCGCUACACCUCUUCCGGCGGUCGUUCCGGCACUUACUCCUCUUCCGGCACUUACUCCUCCUCUUCCGGCGGCGGCGGUGGUGGCUCUUCCUCGGGCGGCGGCAGUGGCUACUCCAACUACAUCCCGACCGCGGGUUACGCUGUCAACACGCCCUCUUACACCGUCACCAGCGGCGGCAGCGGAGGCUCCUACUACACCUCUUCUAGUGGCCAAUCCGGAUACUCGGGCUCUGAGCCUCCGUCCUACUACUCCUCCUCCUCGUCUGGCAGUGCUGCUCCUCCUCCAUCUUACUAUUCCUCUACUUCGGGAGGUGGCGGCUCUUCCCGCUACUCCGGCGGCGGCGGAGGUGGUGGUGGUUACUCCGACUACAUCCCGACCGCGGGUUACGCUGUCGACACGCCCAGUUACACCGUGACCUCUGGUGGUAGCGGUGGAUCCUACUACACCUCUUCUAAUGGCCGGUCGGGAUAUUCGGGCUCUGAGCCUCCGUCUUACUACUCGUCGUCUGGCGGCGGCGGCGGCGGCGGAGGUGCUGGUGGUAGCUCUGGAUACUCCGGUGGCGGCAGCUCUUCUUCGGGACGUGGUUCUUCGAGCUACUCUGGUGGUGGCGGCGGUAGCUCUGGAUAUUCUGGAGGAGGCAGUUCCUCGUAUUACAGCAGUCGUUAA